UCUGGCUCGUUAUCAUCGGUUCUUGUCUUGCGUGUGUCAAGCUCGGGCCGCGUUACAGGUACAUCAGCUCACCCACCUCAAGUUUGUCGUGACAUGCGGGGAAUGGCAGCAGCUGCGGCACCCCACCCCACUUGAGAGAGGUGGGCGAAGAGAGAGCAGCAAUGUGGCGCGCGGCAACCCAUGGAUAAGGACCCAGGCCGGAGACCGCGGACGAGACCGGCUCGCUUGGACACAACGCUUAGACCGCUUUUUUGCAGGAGGUGUGAGGGAGAUCCUGCUCGUACUUCCCGACGGCUAGGCGGCAAAGCAUGGGAAAUCUGCGCGCGCCAAGCUGCGCCUCAUUCCAGAAGGCUGCAUGCAGGCAGGCGGGCGGCGGCGGAGAUGUGGAUAGAGAGGGAAUUGAGGGAGGAGUGGUAUCCGUAAAGCAGCGACGGGCGGACUUGUCUUGUCACUCCAUCCUUUGCCCACGCGGGCGCCCCAUGAUGUCAGCGCAAAGGGCACGUCGUGGCCGGCGGCUGCGAGGGGGCCUGGUUCUGGAGUCUAGGCUGUGGCUUUCGUUCAUGAUGUCAAAGGGCCCCGGUCGGGCAAUGCUUGCAGUUCGCUCCGCCGGGCGCGGACAAAGGCCUGCUUUGUCGCUGACGGUAGCCGUCUUGUACCUCGAUCUGCAGCAAAUCCUUCAACGCCCGCCAUCCCUGUCCGUCGGUUGGGAUCGCCUCUUUUUGAAGAGGGCAGCGCCUGCACGCCGGCCACGCCAUCUCAUUCGCCCACCCGGCUGCACAGAAUUUAGAGUGUGCCAUUAUCUCCCCUGCCCGCUGCCCCAAUAAACCCUAACUCGACUCAACCAUCUCACCACCCGCGUCCGCGCUCUUAUAGCCCGCCCUGCCCGAAAAAGUCGACCUUCGCGCGUUGCAGCAGGAGCCCUUAACCCCCCUCGAGCCCGCCCACCUUCCCGGAUUCGCUUUCCCGCCAAACCCCAAUUGCCUGCCAGCUUAUCAAACGCCCGCUCCCCACACUAUCUUUCUUGUUGUAAG